UAGACAGCAAUUCAUGGCCUAGUACGUUGAUCCUGUUUAGAUAUAUCCUUGCUGGAAGUAAACAUGAAUCUACGUCCAAAUGACAUACGUUUUUCUCAGGAUUCUAUCAAUAAUGUUUUCGACAAAAGGUCGACACAUGCCAAUAGAAGAAUCGGUGAAACACUAGAUGCCUUGUUGAGAGGACUUUGUAAAAUUUCAGAUAUACCGACCAUAACUGUCGUGCAAAGGAAUGGAGCCUGGUAUACGACCGAUAACCGGAGACUGUGGGUGUUCCGAAAGCUUGAGGAGCUGGGGGGAUGUACAACGAUCCCUGUCCGAACGGGAUAUCAUAUUCCUGAUAGUAAACUCACAACAAAGAACUCUGGGAGGUCAGUAGUAGUACGUCGUGAUGCAGGAGGAUCGUACUGGAGGACUUAUCGACCUGGCUCUAGUGGUCGAGCUUCGACAACGUAUAUGUCAUCUACAGGGUACGGUACUAACAGAUCCAGCCCUUUAUAUCAGCCUCAAAGAGGUACUGCAUCCUCUUCUGUGUCAAGUUUGAUGUACCCUCGAGACGUGGGAUCUAUUGGAAGGAACAAUACUGGGAUAUUUCUAACAACACAAACACAUGUUGCAGAAAAUUCUAGGCUAAAGCUUGGCAGGCCUAGUUCAUUUCACUCCCCUUCCCCGGAUUCGUCUCUUUACUCGAGAAGUUCUUCUCCCCGAGACCCGCAGAUCAAAUUGCUGGACCCAGAAGAUGUUCGUUACACCAAGGAAACUAUCAGAGCUCCCCCUUUUGGUUCUUCCUACCAACACACAAAUCCUAUUCUCGUGUACCGUGCUUUCGACGAAAACUGGGCGUUGGACGGAAAUCGACGCCUAUGGUCGUCCAAGCAAGCUAGGCAGUACAACAUGGGGCAGACGAUCAAGGCCAUUGUGAAGGACGACGAGGAUGAGUUCUUGGAGAAAAUGAGGUCUGACCGACCCUGGCUAACCGUGUUGGACAUUUUGCAAAUGGGUGAAACAGUAACAGUAGAAUGAUGUGAUAAAACCUAUUUAUUGCAUUUUUGCCGGUGAAAUAUAGAAAUUUAUCAAACCAAUACAAAUUAUAGUUUUUGAAGUGAAAAUAUAAGUUUUGCAGUGAAAAUAUAAGUUUUUCGUUUUUGACCUAUCAAAGCGAACCUUUGUAUUCACCUCAUUGAAACUUGCCGAUUUUUCUAAUUGAAGCGAAGAUAGAUAAAUUGGCUAUUUUGCUGUUUUUGUGAAUUAUUCCGACUAGUUUUUGACAAGAUACUCACUUGGCGUCAGCUGUCCUUACACAGAUUCUCCGAUAACAGCAGAACACGCUUAAAUUGCGUUGAUCAGUCCUUUCAAAAUGGCGCCGUCAAGUUGACGUGAAGUAACUCGCAAAGAGAUGACGUCAUUAAUUAUGUUACUGAUUCCUGCACUUUUCGACACUAUUAAUGUUUCGAUGUUUUUAAUUUUGUCUUUAACUUUAUAAAAUGCAAUAAAAAGAAAAUUGAAUGGUUUCCCGUUUAA